AUGGAUAACUAAUAUUUGAUCGAAGAACCUUAAAUUCUCAACUAUGAACAUUAAAAUCCAUAAAGAUCAUAAGAAAAAUUUAGAAGUUUAAAAUCUUAAAAUGAGUAAGAUGAAAUUUAACAAAUCAAUAAGCCUCAAUUAAAGAAUUUAAAUUCAUCUUCUAUUUAAGGUUUUUCUCAUUAAUAGAGUGUGAUAGGUCAAGAGAAUCAAGAUGAUGACUGUAAUUUAUUUUAACAAGAAAAAUAAAAAAAAAAUAUUAUUGAUAACCUGUAAGGUGAAUAAUAAUAAAUCUCACUUUAAUAAUUUCAUUAAAAAGGAGAGAUAUUUAUUGAAAAUGAAUCAAAUAUUGCUGAAGAUUAGAUACAUCGAAAGAAAAUUCUGAAAAAAAAUGAUGAGAAAGAGCUCAAAAAUGAUGCCCAAAUGAAUAAUAAUUACAAAACUAAGGAUAGUAAACAAGUGUCAAUGAAUCUCUCAAUCGAAUAGAAUUCAAAAUAAAAUUAUGAUUUGAAAAAUGAAUAAUAAUAAAGAAAUAAAAAAAAUAUUCAAAAGAGUUUUUAAUAAUCAGAAAAACCCGUAUCAAUCAUAAAGCGUGAAACUCCUCACAUUUUUUAAGAGGAUACUCCUUAAGAUAAAAAUAUAAAUCAAGAAUAAAUAUAAAAAUUCAGGAGAGAUGAGAAAUAAUAUAAUUAGAUGAUAGAAUCUAAUUUAAAUCAAAUCUUUUUAUUUUAUACUAAAUAAUUUUAAACUCAUAAUAAAUAACAAACAAAAGAUUAAAUUUUAUAAAAAUAAGUUUUAAAUUUACAAUAAUUUAUGAAUUUUUGCAAAGAUUUUCAAAUACUAGAUUUAUAAGUGACUAAUGAAUUUAUAUAAUAAUAUGCUGGUCACAAUGUCUAAAAACCUUUGUAUAAAAUAAAAUAUAAAAAUAGAAUCGGAGGUUCUUACUUAAUUUCAAAAAAAAUCCUUGAGGAAAUUUUUUAGAAAUGCUCAAAUAUCCAUUAAUUAAGCUUUUAAGAGUUUUUAUAUUCAUUGAUUAAAAUAGCAGAUAUUGCAUUUCCAGUUUCAAACUCAUUAUAAGCAUUUUAUUAGUAUUUAGGCGUUCAUGAUCCAGAAUUCUAUUCAAAGUAGCUAAUAAAUGUUUAAGAUAUGAAUUAAACUCGAAUGCAAGUUCAAAACGCUCUUGAUAUUAAAUAAGAACCUAAAAUAACACAUUCAGUAGACAAUAAAACAAAAUCUCAAAACCAUAGAAUUAAUUAUUAAUAAAAAAUAUCUAAGUUGAAUUAGGUUUAAGUGCUACAGAAAAACUCUAAAAUAUACUCUAUUAGAAAUAAGGGAUAAUCUGUUAAAUACGAUUAUGGAGAUGAAAUUUAUGAUUUUGACCCUAGAAAAUUACUUUUAGAAGAAGAUCUAACAGACUAAGAGGAUGCAUUUUAUUUAAGAGAUUAUUAGCUAAGUAACCAAGGUGUAACUAAGAAAUAAGAACUUUUCAAGUAAUAUUAGGAAAGAAUCAAGUAUGAUUAGUAUCCAUAUUAAAAUUAAAAAUCUAAUAGUAAGCAAGGUUAGACAGAACAAAUUUAUAUUAAAUAAAACCAAUAAGAUUUAAAACAAAAUUUGAAGCUUCAACAGAAUACUAUGUCUAUAAAAACGAUUUUAGAAAAGGAUGAAGCCUAUCUGAUCAAUCCUAAAAUAAAUUAAACGACAAAAUAAUUGUAAAAGUAAAAAUUUUAAUAAAUUUAUCCUAAUUCAUUUGAACUUAGGAAUAAUUACAAUAUUUUAAAAUAACUUCCAGCCUUAAACCUAUCUUAUGCUUAGCCAAAUAUAAGUUCAUCGAUUGAGAGAGAAUAGUAAAAUACAUCCUAAAUUCACAAGGAAACCAAAGAAAACGCAAAAAGAUUGGAAACAAUGAAUGAGAAAAAAACUGAAUUGAAAGGAAUCUUAAAAAAUUAGUAUUAUUCAAUUAGAAAGAUUUUUAGGAAAUGA